UGAGGAGGUAGAUACCAAAGAAACAAAUGCGUUGGAUGGCGUUUCUCCAGCCGGUACUCUAGAUGUCACCACCUCUGCGGCAGCUGACGUGUCUUCGAAAUCCACAUUAAAGGACAAGGCCGACGAAGUCAUGAACAAACUAGAAGAACAGCUUGGUCUGUCUAAGGCGGCUAUCAUCGCCAUCGCCAUAGCCAUUGCUCUCGUCAUUCUGCUCAUCUUCUUCUGCUGCUGCAAGCGCUGGAUCCUUAAGAAAUGGAGGAAAAAGAAAGAAGCGCUCGCAAAGAAAGGUCUAAAGGGUGCCGUCGACCUCAAGAGCGUGCAACUCCUGGGGAAGGAGUAUAAGGAGAAGUUGCUUGUUACGCAGGUGCAGCCGGACAUGGAGGAACUUGAAGGCAAUAUGGAACAGGAGGAAAUAGAAAGCACCAAGUCAGAGGUGAAGCUCGGACGACUGCAAUUCAAGCUGGACUAUGACUUUCAACAAAAUCAGCUGGCAGUGACAGUGCUGCAGGCGGAAGAGCUUCCCGGAAUGGACAUGUCUGGCACGUCUGACCCUUACGUCAAGGUCUACCUGAUGCCGGACAAAAAAAAGAAGUUCGAGACGAAGGUGCACCGAAAAACCCUGAAUCCAGUCUUUAAUGAGACCUUCAUCUUCAAGGUGCCCUAUGCUGACCUUGCAUCUAAGACCCUCAUCUUCGCGAUCUACGAUUUUGACCGCUUCUCUAAGCAUGACCAGAUUGGUGAAGUGAGGGUGGCGCUGAACCAGGUUGAUCUAGGACAGGUCGUCGAAGAAUGGAGAGAUGUGACGAGUGCAGAGGUCGACGCGGAGAAGGAAAACAAACUUGGAGAUAUCUGUUUCUCACUGCGUUACGUUCCGACUGCUGGUAAACUGACCGUGGUUAUCCUAGAGGCAAAGAACUUAAAGAAAAUGGACGUUGGUGGUCUCUCAGACCCGUACGUUAAAAUCGCCUUGAUGCAAAACGGCAAGCGAAUAAAGAAGAAGAAAACGAGUAUAAAGAAGUGCACACUAAAUCCCUACUAUAAUGAAUCCUUCACGUUCGAAGUGCCCUUCGAACAGAUACAGAAAGUGUCAUUGAUCGUCACCGUAGUCGACUAUGACAGGAUCGGAUCCUCUGAAGCCAUUGGCCGCGUCAUUCUUGGCUGCAACUCCACCGGAUCGGCGCUGCGUCAUUGGAGCGACAUGUUGGCCUCGCCACGGAGACCGAUCGCACAGUGGCACACCCUACUCGAGCUCGAGGAUGGCAAGAAGGACUAAGGCGGCGGCAGCAGCGGUUGUGUCACAUGCGCCGAUGGUUCCCCACUGCCUAGCCUUGGCAUCUGUUUUCCCACGCUGGUCAUGUUUCUAUUUUUUCGCGUCACGCCGGAUUUGGAAAAGAGCGGGGAAGAUGCACUUAAACGCCCUCUAUACUGAUAUUUGGGAAUUGUGUUCUUCAGUGAGAAUUUUACUGGAACCCUUCGGCUAGGUGUUAACGCAGUUAAUUUGUCCAGAGCAUGAUUUUUGCUUCUACUCCAUGGCUUCGCUGUUAUGCUUAUUCGCUCUAUAUAAGACGUUCUCUUGCCAGUUUCCCGUAGCGUAUAUACAUACCGAUAAGUUGUAUAGUUACUUAAUAAUGUUGUAUACUCUAUCGAAUUGCGUCGGAGACAUGUAGGAAUACGUGAAUAGAUUCGUAUGCACUUAACUGCUGCUACGAAAUGUCUAAAGUGGGUAUAUGUACGAGAUAAUAUUAUAGUUAUGGCCAAGAAGCCAGUAAAGUAGCUGUUGUGAUCACGAAACCAUUGUGUCUAUCAUUAGUAUUAGCCGAAGGAAAAUAGUUCCAUAGUUAAUGAAUUAUGCAUUGUUAAUAGCCGUAUAAAUACGAUGCAUUCACGUGAGAUCGGGUCGUAACGCUUAGUAUGAUAAAAACGGAUAGGUGUGUUGAGUGUAUUUCGAGACUAUACUAACGUUAGUGUCUAGACUGGAGGAAAAAUCAAUCACUAACCUCAUAUGUUGUGUAUAAUUUUUCAUCCUUUUACUUAAAGAUAUUAUGUUUCCGUUGCAACGAAAGUUCACUGCAGUUAGCGCGUUAUUGAUAUAAUAUUCUUUUUAUUAAUCUCUAGUGCGUAUAUUCUCGUUGGCACAUACUAUUAACUUAACUAUCGCAGACUAUAGAUCUGUUCUCAAUGUAAGACAAUGAAAGAAAAAAAUUACGAGGUGACCUCAUUUAUAUACUUGUUAUUAUUACCGAAUAGUAUGGGAACGCCCUGACGCCAACAACCGUGCUUAUUGCUCGAGAACUCGCUGAAACUAUAGAGAUGCAUACAUCAUAGUUUGCUCCGACGCACACAUUGCUUCAGUCUGCCCCUUCCUGCAGGAAAGCUCCGCCGCAGACCGUGUUUAAUCGCAGUGACAUACAGGUUUAGGAUGUGAUGCUAAGUCGUUGACACAAUAACUGAUUUCGUUAUAUAACGACAUAAACGUAAUCAUCAACACUAUGAGAAUUAUUCGUAUCAGUCAUAUAAAAAGGAGAAUUUCUGCUGAUUUUACUAUU